ACUCAUCAACUGGAAGAGAAAAGCAAUGUUGUUUGAUUCUUUGUACUUAUGCCUCUUUAAUGAGGAAAGUAAGAACAUAAACAAAAUCAAUCCUUACCCUUCAUCUCAAAGUAAAUAACUUUUAUUUGUUAUCCCAACAAAACCACCUUUUUUUCCUACACACACUUACUUUUUUCAGUGAUGCUUUUUUUUCUCUUCUUCACCUCCCUAUCUGUCUGAAACCACUGUUUGCUUUAUGGAAUGAUUUUUAAACUAUUUUUGCCAGAGAAAUCACAUAAAAAUUCCAGUUAGAGUUUCUUCUAACCCUCAAAUAACAAAAAAAAUCUCAUUUUUUAUGGCAAUGGGGUGCAUUAAGCUCAGGUUAUCCUAUUACUGCUGCUGCUACUUCUUCUUGUUCUUCAUCUCUUGUUGCAUAGUAUCUUCUUCUGGAACACUUGUGGGUUUCUCCAUUGAUGCAAGGAGGAACAGUAAAUCUGCAUUACCUACUGCAACAACAUUAUCUUUCCUUAAACAAAACAAGGUGUCUCCAUCUCAGAUUAGGGUGUUUGUUGCAGAACCUAAGAAUUUGAAUGCAUUAGUAAACACUAGGAUACCAAUUGAUCUUUACAUCCACCUUAGUGAGUUUGAGAAUCAAGCAAUAUCCAAAGAUUUAGCUAUUUCAUGGCUAAACACCCACUUACACCCAAACUUGGACAUCACUAGUAUCAUAGUGAGUACUAGUAGUACCAACUUGGUAGAAGAGAAACAAUUGUCUUUGCUCAUACCCACUUUGAAUUCAAUGAAUUCGGCAUUGAAAUGUUUGAAACUUGAAAAGAAAGUGAAGGUAUCUGUAGUGUUCCAACUUUCGGUUUUGGAGAAACUACACAAACAGUAUAAAAGAGAGUUGGGUAAGGUCUUGAGAUUGAUUCAGAAACAUAGAUCAUUUGCUAUGGUGGAAACUGUUGUUGGUGGAGAACUCAGUAUGGGAGAUCAGUUCAUUGGAUUGGUAACCAAAUCAGCUCUUCGUGCAGCUAAUGUUAUUCAUGGCUUAGAUGUUUCUAUGGUUUUGAACAUUAAGAGCUCAGUUAUUCCAAGUGAUAUAGAAGUGGCUGCAUUCUCUGAGAAGGUGAUGGAAUCUUUAGGAAGUCAUUCUCAUAUCAAAGAUAAAGUUUCGGGACUUUUUGCCGAAAUUCAUCCCAUUGAAGAGUCUAAGCAAAAUGAACUAAAUAGAGAAGAGGAACAGAUAUUUCAUUCUUCCCAUAGAGAACUCCUUUUACAUGAAGACAUCGCAGACAUCACUCCUUUUACACCUAUUACCUUCCCCACUGUGAACCCAACUACACCAACAAUUGUUACUGUGCCUUCUACAAAUCCUGUUACCGUAAUGCCGACCAAUCCUACUGCAAUCCCAGUUCCAGUCCCAUCAACAAAUCCAUUGCCCACUAUGACUCCAAUAAAUCCAGUCACCACACCCAUUACUGUACCCGCUACGAAUCCAUUGGUUCCGGGGAUUACAACACCUGGCACAGUUCCAGUCACACCACCUAUGGACAACCCUAUAACUAAUCCAUUUCCACCUCCAGUCAAUGUUCCAAUAACAAAUCCAGUUACAACUCCUGUGACAACAAAUCCAGUGACAUCUCCUGUGACAACAACUCCAGUGACAAAUAAUCCACCUACAAAUCCUAUUUCAGGACAGAGUUGGUGUGUAGCAAAGACUGGAGCUCCAGUGAGUAUACUUCAAGCUGCACUUGAUUAUGCAUGUGGGAUUAAUCCCACAGCUUGCUCAGCAAUCCAAUCCUCCGGAAACUGCUAUAACCCAAAUACACUUCAGAAUCAUGCUUCAUAUGCGUUUAACAGCUACUAUCAGAAGAAUCCAGUACCUACUAGCUGUGAUUUUGGAGGUGCUGCUAUGCUUGUUAAUGCCAACCCAAGUACCGGAUCUUGUGUAUUUCCAGCAUCUGCAUCCUCAUUACCAUCAUCAACACCAACACCAAUACCAGUAUCGACGCCUUCACCAAUACCAAUAUCAACACCAACACCGACACAAGUACCAGUGCCAGUACCUAUGCCAGCAUCGACAUCACCCCCAUCAACAUUUACACCAGAUGGAGAGGUAGGAGGAGGAGCAAGUUAUGAUACACCUCCAACGGCAUUAAAUUCAAGUUACCCUACCUCACCUAUGACAAACAUGUUUGGAUCUCAACCCCCUCCAGGAGAUAACACGUUGGCGCCUUCGGUAGCAUCUGGGUUGCAACCGCUACUUGCUCUGAUUAUACUAGCGAUAUCCUUCACCAUUGACAAACUUUUGUAAGCCUCGUAGACUAUUACUCUUUUGAAGGAGCGGCCAGAGUAGAUGAGAUUUUCAGAUUGUUCUCUUUGAAGCUAGCUUAGGGGCAGCAGUAAGGCAUUGGGUACAUUACAGAUACAGUGCCAUAUCCUUCGCCUCACUGAGGUAGACUACAGGGUAGAUGAUGCUUAUUUAAUAUCUCUAUGAAAUAGAUAGACGUAUCGCUGUAUUUUAACUGAUCGUGUAUAUAACUUGCACUAUAUCCAUAUAAGUUUUGAACUAAAUGCAGAUAGGAUGGUCUCACUAUUUUCAGUCUAACCAAUCAGGUCCUGAAUAAAUUCAAUCAUUUAUUCCCAA